ACAAACAGAGGGGGGUCCCAAGCAUGGCUGACGUGUUUCUGAUCUAUCGAUCCUUAUUCAUAGCCUGUAGAUCCUCAAAUGAGGCACCCUUAUAUACUCCAGAGCAUUUUCCCCAUUCCCACAGGAAGGGGAGGGACAGGUCCCCAUCACAUGUGCACCUGAUUAAAACAAAAACAUGGGACCAAACACAGAUAAAUUAUUCGGAGACAUAUCAGUAAUGUAAUAUUAAGGGUGCAUUCACACCACGUUUUUGCAGUCCAGUUCCCGUGUGCGGUUUGAGCAUCAAAACCGUAUAGAACCGUAUGGCAAACCGUACUCAUUGACUUUGUAUUGCAAACCGUAUGUUAACCGUAUGAUGCGGUUGCAUACGUUUUGUAUCUGUUACGGUUAAAAGCGUUUAUUUCCCGUUCUUCAAACCGUAGUCUACUACGGUUUGAAGUGCGUUUAAACCGUAUCCCUUUUUUAUAUAAUGGUGGUCUAUGAGAACCGUAUCCAACCGUAUACACCUACGGUUACAUCCGGUUUUCAAAAUACAGUUUACGAAUCUGCACAUGCGCAGUUGGCUCCAAAAGUUCCACCAGCUUCUAGAAUCUUCUAUCUGGGAGUGUCUGGAGAACUUCACCCACUUCUUUCUCAAGCAAGACCUCAUUCUCUUCAGACUGUUGAACAGGAGACAUCUUUGUGCACCCAGCUGUGGCUAGUGCAGCCAUAUUGGCACACCAGAUUGUAGAAUGCAUUCUCCAACAUUUUCUAAUGCCUCUGAGGACGAAAUUUCUGGGACUCCAAGUCCCGAAAUUGUGCAGCACAGUCCUCCAAUUUCGCCUACCAUGAGUGCUCAUUCAGGUGAAGACCAGGACACCCAGAUAGAUUUCACACAGACUCAGAGUGAAAGUCAGAGUCAGAAUACAUCAGGGAAAAAAAGGAAAGCUACCUCAAAGAAAGCUGAUAAAAAAUCGAAAAGCAAAACCAAAAAUCUAGAAUAUGCGGUGGAUCCUACUGAUUUUCAGAGCGAGGAAGUAAUAGAUCUGGUUCAAGAGAGACCCUCACUCUGGGAUCGUACACAUCCUAAACAUUCGGACAACAACUACAAUCGGAGAAGAUGGCAUGAGAUCUUCGUGGCAAUUUUCCCUGACUUCGAAUCUUAUGGAACUACACUGAGAAAUGUGAUAAAGGACAAUAUAGCGAAAAGAUGGCGAUCAGUUAGAGACAGCUAUUUCAAAUAUUUACGGGAUUGCCAGUUACCAAGUGGCUCCAGUGCUAAGAAGAGCCAGUACAAGCAUGCAACAAGAUUGUCUUUCUUGGACAGAGUACAGGAAAUGAGAGGAACUACAUCUAAUACUGCUCCUCAGAUUCAAGAGCAACCAAAAGAAAUUCAAGAAGCGGGAACAGACGUUGAUAUCGAAAGACAUCAUUCAUCAACUGUAGAAAAUCUAAGGCGACAUAUAUCUGAAAGACAUUCAACUCGAAGAAGCCACAGUUCCAAUUGGCAGGAGGCUUUUCUUGAAGCUAUAGAGAAGCUGGAAAACAGCUUUACUAAUAAACUCCUCCAAUUGGAUCUGCGGCUUCUCCGAGUUGAAGGUUUAGUGUCAGGGCCAACUCCAAGUCCAAAUAGAGACUUCGCAUUGGGUUUGGUGUCAGAAAUGGAAAAAAUGUCCGAAGAACAAUUAAACAAUUUCAAAUCUAGAGUGUUAAGAAUCUCUUACGAAUGCCUUCAUCCCCAGCCCAAACCAAUCUACCCUCCCCCUUCACCAUCAGUCCAUCAAUCCCGCAAAAAAUCAUACUCUUCCUCAUAUCCAUACCAGCAGCCUCAGGAAACAUUUGAGGAAGAAGGUCAAAUAUAUCGUAGAAUUUAACUUUGUUGACUAUUAGUUUUGUUUUUCCAGUUUUAUAUAUUUAUGUUAAAGGACAGCUGUAGUGUGCUUUUUUAAUAUAUCCCUGUGCCGGCGCUGUAAAAAUAAACUUUGACUUUUACCUUCCUACGUCGAUGCGAUCCUCUUCAUGCUUCCUUGGGACGUGUACGCCACACUUCCCUCAGCUUAGCACCGCCCACAGCGAUGUUCUGUCAAGAGCUCCUUACAUGACAGUGUAUUCUGCCAAUAACCGGCGGGGAUGGAACAUCGCUGCUGCAAGUGAUAAGAUGACGGCAGUGUGAUGUUCCCUUCCUCAGGAAGCAUGAAGAGGAUUGCA